AUGCCAAAUCUUGAAAAUGGCAACGGCAAGAUGCAGAUUGUCCUUAUUUUGCCUAGAUUUACAACUAAUAAUGGCUCCGGUGAUAACCAUAUAUCGAGUACGGAGUACAAAGUCAAUGAAGUAGUCGCACAGUCAUUAGACUCAAACUCUGGAUGGAGAAUUGAGGUCUUUUGCCCGUCAAUGGUAGUUGGCAAUUAA